UUCCGCGCAGAGCUGAUUUGUGCUCGCGCGAAUUGUUGUUCACAAGCAAGUGUCAUCCCCCACCUCUGUCCCUGUGCUUUUAUGCGCGCUCGCAGCUGCCUAAAUACCUCUCGGUUGUUGAUUUUCCUCGCGAGGAGUUCAUAUCUGCGCGUGUGAAUGGAGUGAAACUUUUGAAUUCACUCACCCUCCAACCACCACAAGAACAAGACCCAUGUGCUUAAUAUGCCAGGAGACUAUAGCUGUGCUGAAGAUUUCCAAUUUGAAACGACAUUAUAAGACAUCCAGGAAUUUUGAAGAGACAUUUCCUCAAAAUUCAAAAGGAGAAGACCAAUGAAGACAGCCAGAUGGUGGUCGGCGGCAACUUUACUGCUGGGGCUCGCUGUGCUCGGCGCCGAUGGGACACCCAACAAGGAGGGAUUCAGGUCGCCGCCCUAUCGACCAGUAGUGAGAUUUCGACACAAGGAUGGGAUCCCUCAGAGUUUGAGGAUAAAGGGCUUUAUGGGACACACUGGCUUUCCAGGUCCAUGUGAACACAAGUACUGUGGCUUGGGGCGUCACUGUGUGGUCAACCAUGAGACCGACCAAGGCGAGUGCAAGUGCUUGGAUCACUGCAAGCCGCACUAUAAGCCUGUGUGCGGCUCAGAUGGGAAGCUGUACCAGAACCACUGCGAGCUCCACCGGGCCUCCUGUCUCAGAGGACACAGGAUAACCAUCAUGCACAGCGAGGAGUGCUUCUACAAAGAUGAUAACUGCAGACUCACUGACUACCGUCAACUGAAAACCAAGAUUCUGGAUUUGCAUGACAAACGCUACAUGGGGUCUAAGAUCCAUGGAUCCCACAAGGACAACAUGGCUGCCAGGAAGCAACUGGUUGAUAUGAUGUUCAAACGCUUUGAUGCAGAUAACAAUGGUCAAAUAGGUGCCAGCGAGCUCUCACAGGUCAUCAAGCAAGAAGGUCUGUCCAAGGAUGUCUCUGAGUGCACUCUGUUCGACCUUCUCAAGUACAACGAUGUCAACGACGACGAGCAUCUGACAAAAGAGGAGUUUUACACAGCUUUUGAUGUGUACCUGCUCAGCCUUCCAGAUGACCAAAAAGUGAGUGUCACCACGGUAACGGUGGGCCAGAGCGCCGUGAUGACAUGUGCCAUCGCCGGGGAGCGGAGGCCUCCCAUACUGUGGAAGAGAAACCAUCAAUACCUGAACGCCUUGAACCUGGAAGACAUCAAUGACUUUGGGGAUGAUGGCUCCCUUUACAUCACCAAGGUGACCACAACUCACAUGGGCAACUACACCUGCCACGCUGAUGGAUACGAGAAACUUUUCCAGACCCACACUCUUCAAGUAAACGUUCCUCCGGUCAUCAGAGUUUAUCCAGAGAGCCAGGCCAGGGAGCCGGGCGUCACUGCCAGCCUGCGCUGCCAUGCUGAGGGCAUCCCCAGCCCCCAGCUGGCCUGGCUGAAGAACGGCAUGGACAUCACAACCAAGCUGUCCAAACAGCUCACCCUGCAAGCUAAUGGCAGCGAGGUGCACAUCAGCAACGUGCAUUUUGAGGACACUGGAGCCUACACCUGCAUUGCAAAGAAUGAAGCCGGCGUGGACGAGGACAUCUCGUCCCUAUUUGUGGAGGACUCUGCACGCAAAACUCUGGCAAACAUUCUGUGGCGAGAAGAAGGUCUUGGCAUCGGCAACAUGUUCUAUGUGUUUUAUGAAGAUGGAAUUAAAGUCAUCCAGCCCGUGGCGUGUGAGAUACAGCGACACAUUAAGCCCAGCGAGAAGCUGCUGGCUUUGCAGGAGGAGGUUUGCCCCACCUCACCAGGCGAGGAGGUUCAGAGGUGUGUGUGGUCAUCGGCCGUCAACGUCAAGGACAAGUUUAUUUAUGUGACACAGCCAACCUUGGACAGAGUGCUCAUAGUUGACAUCCAGUCACAGAAGGCUGUCCAGACGGUCAACACGGACCCUUAUCCUGUGAAGCUUCACUAUGAUAAAUCGCAUGACCAGGUGUGGCUGCUCAGUUGGGGAGACAUGGAGAAAAACUUCCCCACUCUCCAGGUGAUCAAUCAGGCCAGUGGAAGAGUCUCCCACCACACCGUGCACACACAGCCCAUUGGCAGACGCUUCGACAGAGUGGACGACUUCUUCAUACCCGCCUCCAGCCUCAUCAUUAACCACAUCAGAUUUGGCCUCAUCCUUCACCGAAAUGAGCCUGUUCUCCACAAGAUCGACCUGGAGACAACGUCAUAUGUGAAAAACAUCAGUCUAUGGGAAUAUAACUGCAUCCCCAAGUCUGUAGCAUACACACAUCUGGGAGGCUACUACUUUGUCAACUGCAGGGCCGACUCCACCGGAGCCACACAGCCACAACUCAUUCUGGACAGUGUGACAGAUAGCGUGAUUGGCCUGAACCGUGACGUCACCGGCACCCCCUUUGUUUCACCAGACGGCCAUUACUUGGUAACUGUGGACGACGGCGACGGCUUGAUGAGGAUCCAAAAGAUCUCAGAGCGCGGAGAAGUCCAGGAACCCUUUGACAUUCACACCAACCUCCAUCUGUCUGAUCUGGCCUUUCAACGCUCCUUCACCGAGGUCCACCAGUACAACGUGUUCGGCAGCUCCGGCCGCCAAACUGACGCUCUGUUUGUGGAGCUGAGCUCCGGGAAAGUCAAGAUGAUCAAGAGCCUGAAGGAGGCCACCAGGUCCUUCGAGUGGCCGUGGAGCAGCAGGAACAGGGUGAUGACGGGCAGCGGGUUGUUUGGACAGUACCUCAUGACUCCGUCCAGAGAGUCCCUCUUCAUUCUGGACGGGCGGCUCAACAAGCUCAACUGUGAGAUCACAGACGUCCUCAAAGGCAACGUGGUGGUGUGGGUUGGGGAGUCUUAGGUUGUAUCGUAAAGACCCAAUGAGCUUGUUUUCCUCAAAGGUACUGCUGCACUGAAUUCUGUUGCAGAUUCUUUAAUUUCAUGGGAGUGCAAUUGUGAAUACUAACAAAUUUUUAUGAGGGACUGUCAUUGAAAAAAAAAAAAAAAGAAACAAGCAAAGGUGUAAUUGAUUGGUUGUUAAUUGAUUGUCUUAAAGCCAAGUUUAAAUAUGUUUUUUUUUCCACAGGUGGAUUCACGUUAAAGUCAACAUUAAGUUGCCUGCUGGUUCUCUUUAUUCAGGAAAAUUGGUGCAAAAUUGUAAACAUGUGCAACCUUGCAUUAUUAUUCAAAAAUGAUUGUUUUCAGUGUGUGGGAAUGCUGUAGAUAAUCUCUGAGUAAGACCAAUAUUUAAAGUAAUUGGCAGAAACUAUUAUAUAUACUGUAUAUGUCAAGAUUGUAAUUUUAAGUUUUCCAUCCCAAACCUUUUCCUGUGCCUUCAAGGAAAAUUCCCUCCAUCAGAGGAAUUAGUGUAAUUAUUCCCUGUGUGACUGCAGACUACACCUUUCCCUUUGACCCCUCCAUUCGUGGUGAACGCAGUUCCUCACAAUUCUCCCUCUCUCUCGUCCGUCUUUUCUUCGAAUGCAGCCGCCUCAGUCUAAUUAAAACGAGCCCUUGCUGUGAUCUCAUCCUGUUUGAAGUGGAGGCUGAGAGAUUGAGCGGUUCAUUAUGGUUGUGCGAUCUGUAACCUCUGAUCAAAUUUAACCAGCGUUGGAAGGUUUUGAAAUAUAUAAAUAUAUAUUUUCCUUUUUAGUCCAAAGCAGAGAGUCAGUGGCGUUGUUAGUUGAAUUGUACCAGCUUUAUACACUACACUUUGUGAAAUCUUAAGUAUUUCAAUUUUUUCCUUAGUAGUGGAGUCAAUAAAACACUUGUGUGAGAGAGAUAAUGACUUGUAUAGCCCAGGACCAAAAGAAUCAAAAAAGACAAACAGAGUAAAUUAGGAUGAGCUGUCGGGGUCACGCUGCUCCAUUCGACAGCAUGGUUUUAAGUGGAUGUUUUAACUUGAAGUAAUGAUGAGCUAGCACACUGGGGAGUGAGGUUAGCUGCUUUGUGUAGAGGGUCUUCGUGUUUGAGAAACAGCUCUGUCUGAACGCUCCUGUCGUAGAUAGCGGGCUGACAAGUCAACGAAACUGUUCCUUAGCUGGACACAUUUCUAUGCAUUUUCACCCUGGCACUCUAUGACUCUGUGAAUCACAAUGGGCAACUGUAUCGCAAAUUUAGUACUGACUUUUGACGUGUACAGAUUCUAUAAAGUCACUCUGUCUUUCCUGUAAAAUCUUUCCAGUGAAUGUUUUGAGUUUCGUUUGAUUUGAUCCUUUCUCAUGUUGUUUCUCAACCUUUAAAAACCCGACUGUACUGCUGAUGAUGACCUCUGACCUUUCUUUCUCUUUAUGUUCUGUACAUAGCGGCUGACUGUGACCCUUUUUACUUUCCCAUCGAUGUACAGGUUAACGCAGGUUUCUGUCUUUUAUUUUUUUCCGAGCAAAUACUCACCCUCCUUUUAAGGAAAUGAAAACACACAGCUGUCAUCAUCUACAUCUUGUACACAAGCACAUUGUGAUCACAACACAGCUUUCACCUCCAUUAUAGCCAUGUCUUGUAUGUUCCUUCAUGUGGUUGUUAUUUAUAUAGAGAAAACACGCUUGUCAUUUUACCCAACAAUAAAACUAGA